AUGCGUCGAGAAAACUCUUUAACCACUCGACUUUUGUUUAAUGAUAGCACCAGUGAUUACAACUAUAAAAGUCUUGAAAUGGGACGACCGGACACGUUGGAGCCGUUGCGAGGCAAAUUGAAUAAGGACGAGUUUAGCCCCGAACUGCUUGAUGCUCUGGAUGAAGUGCAUGACGACGAAUCGCUGCUUCUAGAGGCGUGUCGUCAGGACUCUCUGUAUCCCGUAUACUUUGAGCAUAUAAAUACUGGUAGAAUGCAGGUUGUCGUAUUGGGUUGGACAAUUUUUCACAAAGGAAACUCGUAUGUGCUGUCAUCUGUCGUAAUUGUCUGCUCUGUGGUUGGUGGUAGUCGUAUUGGGUUGGACGAUUUUUCACAAAGGAAACUCGUAUGUGCUGUCAUCUGUCGUAAUUGUCUGCUCUGUGGUUGGUGGUCAAAUAUGCAAAAUUCAAAAUUUUUGUAA